ACCACCGAGCCGGGCAGACGUCCGUUUCCAAGACACCCGAAUAGCUAACAACCGCGGGGAACUGUGUUGUCUUUUUGCACUGAUCCUUGACCCCCUCACGACCACCACGCGCCAAGAUGGUCAAGAUCGAGCCGUUCGAGAUCGAGCAGUGGAUGGACCGGUUGGAAGGCACGCCGGGCGUCCUCAACAUCUCCGAGACCUGUGCGGCCUCCGUCUCCCAUGACGACCUGGUGCGCUUUUGCGAAGACAAGAACGCGCCAAGCCCCCUCAGCCUCUCCAAGAAGCUGACCUACGGCGCGAUCCGCGGCUCCGAGGCGCUUCGCCAGCGCGUUACCGCUCUCCUUGACCGGGCUUCCGACGCCGAGCCUCUGCCGGCCGAGAACGUCAUCAUCACCCAGGGCGCCAUCGCCGCCAACUUCCUGCUUUUCUACACUCUGGUGGGACCCGGCGACCAUGUCAUCUGCGUGUAUCCUACCUAUCAGCAGCUGUAUUCCGUCUCGGAGAGCCUCGGGGCCGAAGUGUCCUUGUGGAAGCUGAAGGCGGAGAACGGCUAUGUGCCCGACGUGGGUGAGCUUGCGGGGCUGGUGAGGGCGAAUACGAAGAUGAUCGUCAUCAACAACCCAAACAAUCCCACGGGUAGCACCAUACCCAAGGCGGUGCUGGAAGAGAUCGUUGCCUUUGCUAAACAAAGGGGGAUUAUCGUCUUCUCGGACGAGGUCUACAGCCCCCUCUACCACUCGCUCCCGGCCGGACAGCAAGCCCCGCCGUCUGUCCUCACCCUCGGGUACGAGAAGACAGUGGCCACGGGCUCGAUGUCGAAGGCGUUCGCGCUGGCCGGCAUCCGGAUCGGCUGGAUCGCCUCCCGGGACCGGGCCAUCAUCGACGCCGUGGCGGCGGCCCGCGACUAUACCACCAUCAGCGUGUCGCAGCUGGACGACCAGGUUGCCAGCUAUGCGCUGUCCGAGCCAGUCGUGCGGCCGCUGCUGGAGAGGAACACAGCGCUUGCCCGGAGCAAUCUCGCGCUGCUGAGCGCCUUCGUGGAGAAGCACGCCUCGGUGUGCUCCUGGGUGAAGCCGACCGCGGGGACGACUGCGCUGGUGCAGUUCAGGAAGAACGGGGUGCCCGUCGACGACCCCAGCUUCGUGCUGGACUUGCUCGACAAGACAAAGGUGCUGUUCAUGCCGGCUAGCCCUUGCUUUGGACGUGGGGUGGACUUUAAGGGGUCCGUUCGGCUGGGGUAUGUGUGUGAGACCGGGGUGCUGGUGGAGGGUUUGGAGAGGUUGGGGCGGUACAUUGAAGAGCACUUUUGAGAGCAACCGCGGCAGAAAGCAGCAAGCAUUUCAAUUCUCCUCCUAUCUCACCGCCAUCAUACGCUUGUCACGCCCUUCUCAGUGGCGCCAAUGGAAGUUUGGCAAAACUGGCCUUUAUUUUUAUUUUUUUUUUCCCCCUUUCCCGCCCGUUAUGAGCGAUCACGGGCAUGACGGUCAGGGCGGCACCGCGCUCUGCGACACACUCUCGAACGGCCGAUCGCUGCUUGGGCAGUG